UACUGAACCAUCACAGAGGAUUUUCACCGGAGCGUGAGGAGUUUAGACUCAGUUGCUCUGCCUGAACUUUUAUUUGCCCUGUUUGAGACGAGCAUGGAGGUGAACAGUCGUGCCCUGCCGCCGUCGAUACCCGAAGAUGCCGAAAGUCAGGACCACGUUCGUUACGGAGAGAUGAACGGCUACCACCAAAGGCUUCAGAUGGGAGACAGAGGAGAGACUGAGGUCCCUGUGUCCAAGACCCAGAGACGCAAAAGUGAUGUCAAAGUCUAUAAGGAGUUUUGUGACUUUUAUGCUCGCUUCAACAUGGCUAACGCUCUGGCCAGCGCCAUGUGUGAGCGCUGUAAGAGCGGCUUCGCCCCGGCAGAGAAGAUCGUGAACAGCAACGGGGAGCUUUACCACGAGCAGUGCUUCGUUUGUGCUCAGUGCUUCCAGCAGUUCCCAGAAGGACUCUUCUACGAGUUUGAAGGCAGGAAGUACUGUGAACAUGACUUCCAGAUGCUGUUCGCUCCUUGUUGCCACCAGUGUGGUGAGUUCAUUAUUGGACGCGUGAUCAAGGCGAUGAACAACAGCUGGCAUCCGGAUUGUUUCUGCUGCGAUAUCUGCCAGGCCGUGCUUGCAGAUGUUGGAUUUGUUAAAAACGCUGGACGGCACUUGUGUCGUCCGUGUCACAACAGAGAAAAAGCUCGAGGGCUCGGGAAGUACAUCUGCCAGAAGUGUCAUGCCAUCAUUGAGGAACGACCUCUGCUGUUCAAGAAUGAUCCCUAUCACCCCGAUCACUUCAACUGCAACAACUGCGGAAAGGAGCUGACAGCUGAUGCCAGGGAGCUGAAGGGGGAGCUCUACUGUCUACCCUGCCACGACAAGAUGGGCGUCCCCAUUUGCGGGGCGUGUAGGCGACCUAUCGAGGGCCGCGUGGUCAACGCUAUGGGCAAGCAGUGGCACGUCGAGCAUUUUGUGUGUGCUAAAUGUGAGAAACCCUUCCUGGGACACCGCCACUACGAGCGCAAGGGCCUGGCCUACUGCGAAACGCAUUACAACCAGCUGUUCGGAGAUGUUUGCUACCACUGCAAUCGUGUUAUUGAAGGAGACGUGGUGUCUGCUCUUAACAAGGCCUGGUGUGUCAACUGCUUUGCCUGCUCCACCUGUAACACCAAGCUCACGCUCAAGAACAAGUUUGUGGAGUUUGACAUGAAGCCGGUGUGUAAGAAGUGCUAUGAGAAGUUCCCCUUGGAGCUGAAGAAGAGGCUGAAGAAGCUGUCCGAAGCUGCUGCGAGGAAGUGAACACACAACUGUGUCGAUGGAGGAGAGGAAACAAUGAGGCAGCCAGUUCUGUCCACCUUCAAGAAUCACCCAAGACAGAAAUAGCCAUUUCAUACUACAGUUAAUUGGUUACUGUAAUGGAGCACGCCACUUGUAACUCUUGUAUCCACACCUAGAAAGUGCUGAAUCUGGAUCUUUGGUUCCUGAAACCAACAGUCAGAUUGUUGGCUGGUCAUUUUGCUUCACCUGUUAGUGCCUUAUUGCCUGAAAGCUGCACUGUUUAUGUUUUUAUAUAUACUUGCUUAUUUCACUGCUAAAUAAAUACAUACAGUACAGUAUAGUACCUGUGAGAGUGGUCCUGUACUUAAAAACAAACUU